UUCCGGGCGGUUUUGACGACCGCUGAUUGGCUAAGCGCGUUCCACGGAGUUGGCGCCAUAGCAGGGCUUCGCGCUGUCUCUCCGCAACGCUGUCUCUAAAACUAUCACUCUGCUCCUGAAUUAGCGGUUUAGCUGCGACGCCAUGGCUGAUAAAGAAGCCGCAUUUGAUGAUGCCGUGGAGGAGAGGGUGAUCAAUGAGGAGUACAAGAUCUGGAAGAAGAACACCCCCUUCCUGUAUGAUCUGGUCAUGACCCACGCCCUGGAGUGGCCCAGCCUCACCGCCCAGUGGCUGCCCGAUGUCACCAGACCAGAGGGAAAAGACUACAGCGUGCACAGGCUGGUUCUCGGCACACACACCUCGGAUGAGCAGAACCACCUGGUUAUUGCCAGCGUCCAGCUUCCAAACGAUGAUGCCCAGUUUGACGCCUCACACUAUGACAGUGAGAAAGGAGAGUUUGGAGGCUUUGGAUCUGUGAGCGGUAAGAUAGAGAUUGAGAUCAAGAUCAACCAUGAGGGAGAAGUGAACAGAGCCCGCUACAUGCCCCAGAACCCCUGUAUCAUCGCCACCAAGACCCCCACCAGCGACGUGCUGGUGUUCGAUUACACAAAGCACCCCUCCAAGCCAGAUCCCUCAGGAGAGUGUACACCAGACCUGCGCCUGAGAGGCCACCAGAAGGAGGGCUACGGCCUCUCCUGGAACCCAAACCUCAGUGGUUGCCUCCUGAGUGCUUCUGAUGACCAUACCAUCUGCCUGUGGGAUAUCAGCACAGUGCCCAAGGAGGGUAAGAUUGUGGACGCCAAGACCAUUUUCACUGGCCACACCGCUGUGGUGGAGGACGUCUCCUGGCACCUGCUGCACGAGUCGCUCUUUGGGUCUGUGGCCGACGACCAGAAACUCAUGAUUUGGGACACACGGUCCAACAACACCUCCAAGCCCAGCCAUGCGGUGGACGCCCACACCGCUGAGGUCAACUGCCUGUCCUUCAAUCCCUACAGCGAGUUCAUUCUGGCCACCGGCUCUGCAGACAAGACUGUGGCUCUAUGGGACCUGAGGAACCUGAAACUGAAGCUUCACUCCUUUGAGUCUCACAAAGACGAGAUCUUCCAGGUCCAGUGGUCUCCCCAUAACGAAACCAUCCUGGCCUCCAGCGGCACAGACAGGCGGCUCAACGUCUGGGACCUCAGUAAAAUCGGAGAGGAGCAGUCACCAGAAGAUGCUGAAGACGGCCCUCCUGAGCUGCUGUUCAUCCAUGGCGGACACACAGCGAAGAUCUCCGACUUCUCCUGGAACCCCAACGAGCCGUGGGUCAUUUGCUCUGUGUCAGAAGACAACAUCAUGCAAGUCUGGCAGAUGGCUGAAAAUAUCUACAACGACGAGGACCCAGAGGGCGCUGCAGAUUCGGAGGUCCAGGCAUGAGCAGGACCAUUCGUUCACUCUUCGCAUCUCUUCCUUCGACCUCCUCAUUAAAAAUGGAUCCAUUUUCUAAUGCUGGACACACAUGUCCUGUGUCUUUUUAAAUUACAUUUUGCAGCAGUGUUUUUGUAGAAAAUUAAAGAGAAAGACAUGCUGCAUUGUAAUCCCGGUAUGUCAUGUAUUUAUAAAAGGACAGUAUUGGUCAGAUUUUAGGUCUUUACAUUUUUGAAACCCAUUUCUCAACUUUUGAUUGACAGGAACAAACAUCACAGAUCUACCAGUAGUCCACAUUUGCAUUUUGAUUGUGUGCUUUCAUCUUUAUGAAUUAGUUGGUUACACCCAUUCAUAGACAUUUCUACAGAGAUCCAUUUUUAUAAAAAAUGUACAUAGGUUUUCAUUUUAUUUGCUUGAUAUAGUAUGAAUUUUCCAAUUUGCAUGUCAUGUCCCUGUGUUUUCUUUUCCCUCUGCAUUUUUAUUUUUCUGCGCUGCAUCUGAUUUUCUCAUGCUCUUUGUAAGUGUAUUCAUAAUAAAAUUAUAUUUACAGUAGA